AGUUGAUUUCCAUUGUAAACAGGUUUUAUUUGGAAAUUGGAAAGAAUCAGGGCUGUAAAAUCCGGUGAGCUGACCGUGGGAGUUACAAUUAGGUGACGCCGUUAAAGAGUUUAAUCAGUACUUCUACGCUUUUGUUUUGAUAUUUUGUCCAAUUAUUGGAAUGGAAGAGCAGCACUGGAAUUUGAGGAUCUGCAUUAAUGGCGGUGGUUUGAUGUUACUGGAUUUGAUUUGCAAUAGUUUUUGGGAAAUUAGGUAUUCUGAUCGAGGUGUAGAAGUGAAAUUCUACAUUGGAAUGUUAUGGAAAGAGGAGAAAGGAUUGGUUCUAACUAAUUUUGGAAUUGUUGUGUUGAUCUGCAGAAUGUGUAUAUAAUUGGGUUGAACAAUACAGUGGAUAGGAUUGAGGGUUGUUGAGUGGGGGAAACAAUGGCUUCUUGGGAACUUCUUGGUGAAAUGGCAAAUGUUGCACAGCUAACUGGGAUUGAUGCAGCAAGGCUAAUUGGGAUGAUAGUGAAGGCGGCAAGCACAGCCAAGAUGCACAAGAAGAAUUGCAGGCAGUUCGCGCUGCAUCUCAAGUUGAUUGGCAAUUUGUUGGAACAGCUCAAGAUAUCAGACCUGAAGAUGUAUCCAGAAACCCGGGAGCCGCUGGAACAGUUUGAAGAUGCAUUGAGGAGGUCUUAUGUCUUGGUUAAUAGUUGUCAGGAUCGAAGCUAUCUUUAUCUUCUGGCUAUGGGUUGGAGCAUUGUUUAUCAGUUCAGGAAGGCUCAGAAUGAGAUUGACAGAUAUUUGAAGAUCAUUCCCCUCAUCACUCUGGUUGACAAUACUCGUGUCAGGGAGAGGUUGGAAGUUAUUGAAAUGGACCAGCGUGAAUACACGCUGGAUGAUGAAGACAGGAAGGUGCAAGAAGUCAUUCUGAAGCCAGAUCCCUCCUUAGAUGAUGCGGUUGUGUUGAAGAAAACCCUUUCUUGUUCCUACCCGAGCAUGCCCAUCAACGAGGCACUUCGAAAAGAAAAUGAAAAGCUUCACCUAGAGCUGCAACUCUCGCAAGCGAAUUUGGAUGUGCAUCAGUGUGAAUUCAUUCAGCAUAUUCUUGAUGUCACUGAAGUCGUUGCAGCUAGUUCUCUUUCAGAAACAAGUUCACCGGCCAAACCUCCUAAUAAGGCGGAGCGUGAUUCCUCUGCUGCUUAUAUUGAUCAGGAUCACUAUAACCAAAACUAUAAAAAGAGUAAUGAGAAAAGGAAUAAUUCUUCAUUUUCAUCCAAACAUGAUUUGCCCUCUUCCAAGGGUUCACAUCAAUACGAACAAUGGCAUUCUGAUCUUCUGGGCUGUUGUUCAGAACCUCUUCUUUGCAUAAAAACCAUGUUCUUUCCUUGUGGGACAUUGUCGAGAAUAGCGACUGUAGCCUACAACAGGCAUAUAUCUUCUGCAGAAGCCUUUAAUGAAAUAAUGGCAUACUCCUUAGUGUUGUCCUGCUGCUGUUACACUUGCUGCAUCAGAAGAAAACUUCGGAAAAAGCUAAGCAUUGUGGGAGGAUUCAUUGAUGACUUCCUCUCCCACGCAAUGUGCUGUUGCUGUGCCCUCGUCCAGGAAUGGCGAGAAGUGGAGAUUCGUGGAAUUGAUGGUACACAGAAGACGAAAACCAGCCCUCCACCCUCCCAAUUCAUGGACUCCUCUAUGGUGCAAUAGAAAGUAUGGUAGAUUUUUCUGAGAUUUUAGAUGUAUAUAUAUAGUUUAAAGCUACAUACAUUGGUGAUAUGGCUAGCCAGGCGCUAUUGUGAAUAAUACUUCUUUUAUGCCAUGGAUUAAUCAUCUUUAUCUGUAAGAGGCAACCUUUUUGAUAGCUUAGCUUGCUCAGAUUCUGCUGUGUAUAUGUUUGAUUUUUCAGUCA